AUGGCUCCAAAAAAAGGCGGAGACGGUGCAGUCGCUGUUCAACCCAACAUGGACAUUCUCAAACAAAAGGCUGGUCCUCAUCAUUGCUUGGGCAAUGUUCACGCUAAUCUACCAGUGAACAAGGUGAAUAGAGUAUAUUUUUUACACUUUUACGAAACAAUUUUGAGGUAACCGUUCAUCCUUUGGUUCUUCUGAGCGUCGUUGACCAUUUUAACCGCGUCAGGAAAACACAGAGCGUAAAAAGAGUCGUUGGAGUUCUGCUGGGAUCGAUGAAAAAGGACAAAACUAUGGAUAUUGGCAACAGCUUUGCAGGUUUUUUUUUCGAAGAUUGCCUCGGAAAAUUGAAAAUUAAAAAAUUUGAAAUUUCUCAAAAGAAAAGUUUUUAUCGUUCACUAAUUUUUGUUUUCCAGUUCCAUUUGAUGAGGAUGAAAAAGACAAGAAUACCUGGUUUUUGGACAUGGACUACCUGGAGAGUAUGUACGGCAUGUUUUAUAAGGUGAAACUUUCUUGUAAUUGUACAACUUUCUAACUUUGACUUCAUCCAGUUCUCAUUUUUCGAAGGAACUGGCAAUUCAUCAUUUUCAGGUGGCAGCGAAAGAGAAGAUUGUUGGCUGGUACCACACGGGCCCGAAAUUGCACAAGGUAAGUGGUGAAACGCGUCGUGAAGCGCCAGUGUUUCCUUUGGCGCAAUGGAUAGCACGUCGGCCUGCCGUGCCAAAGGUCGAGGGUUCGAGUCCCCUCGCCAACUUCGCAUACGGGACGCGUGAUGAACAUAUACGGAUCACUGGGCUCUGAACCUCAAUGAAACGAUAGCUUCCGUUCUGAUUCCCUUUUCGCGACAGAAAUAUUUAAACAUAUGUGUUGACCUUUUUUGGCAAAGAAGAAAUACUUUUGGGCGCGAGCAAACUAGAGUCUGCAAAAAUGAUUCAAAAAAUGACAGAAACAAAAAUCUAUCGACCAAUCUUUUAGUCAACAUUUCCUUAAAAUGUCACCUAAAAUAUGAAGUGUUAACAUUUUGGCUGAACAAAAAGUUAACAUGCCGAAAAAUGUGAACUAUCGUUUUUUUUUCGACAGAUCAACAUUUAAUCUGAAAAAACCAUAAAAUACGUGCUACAAGAUAGAAUGAUUUCAGAACGACAUUGCGAUUAACGAGCAAAUGAAACGUUUCACACCGAAUCCCGUCCUUGUCAUCAUUGACGCCGAGCCAAAAGACAUUGGUCUUCCGACCGAGGCCUACAUCGAAGUGCAGGAAGUUCACGAUGUGAGAGAGAGAUAAACUGAUUUGAAAUGAAUUGUGUUUUUUCCCUAUAAAAGAAAUAGAAAGACAAAAGUAUUUUAGGACGGAACUCCGCCAAUCAAGACAUUUGAGCACGUCGCCAGUGAUAUUGGCGCAGAGGAGGCGGAAGAGGUUGGCGUUGAACAUCUUCUUCGGUGAGUAGACACGUCACAAACGAAUGAUUGCAAUUUUCUUUCAGCGAUAUCAAGGACCAAACGGCUGGAACCUUGUCUCAACGCAUCACGGAUCAGUUGAUGGGUCUCAGAGGCCUUCAGUCUCAAUUGGAAGCCAUCGAAAAGUUGGUUUUCCUUUUCUUCGACAAAAGUUGGUUCAACUCGAGUCGUCGAGGAUUUAUCAACUGAAAUUUUCCAUGUAACUUUUCUAGGUACCUCCAAGAAGUUGCGUCCGGAGCUCUUCCAGUGAAUCAUUCGGUUAUUUACUACGUUCAAGUAUGUUAUUUUUCUAAAUAUAAUCUUUCUCGUUCGUUUACUAAUGUUCCUAAUAAUUCACAUUUGAAGGAAGUUUUGAAUCUGUUGCCCGACGUGACCCACCCCGACUAUGUCGUUUCACAGACAAUGCAGACCAACGACCAGCUCAUGUGCGUCUACAUGGGCUCAUUGGUCCGUGCCGUCAUCGCCCUUCACAACCUCAUUGACAACAAGGUUGGUUUUCGCGGAGUUUUUGCCGGGUCAGAAAAAAGUAGUUUAAGCUGGGGAGGGCAAAAGCCGCUUUUUCACACCACGGUGGUACGAUUUUAUCUCAAGUCCGCAAAUCUCCGGAGCCGUUAUCUCAGAGUACCGUAAUCUCAAGGCCCAUAAUCUAUGAAACCACUUAUCUCCGAAAAUAAAAAACUUCACUUUUCUUUCUCUUUUUUGCAUUUUAUUUUCAUUUGUUUCUUGUGUUGUGCUCAGAAUAAAAUCUCCGAUCGAAACUUUUCGCCGAACCCUAAUUUAUUCAUCAAAUUUCUACUUUUAUUGGAAAGCUGAACAAUUUUAAGUUAAGCCACUUUCGAAGCUCGAGUUUCACUCUUUUUUUCUUUGCUGUCCACAUGAAAAAGUGAUCAGAGAAGCUGAAGGACAAGAAAAAAUAGAAAGAAAUAUCAAUUUGAAAAAUUAAAAAUUAUUUUCAUUCAGUGGAAAAAAUAAAAAAAGUUUGAAAAACGAAAAUAUUUGGCUUUCGUACGCAGUUUCGAUCGGAGAUUGUAUUCUGAGCACAACACAAGAAAAGAAUGUUAAUAAAAUGCAAAAAAGAGAAAGAAAAUCGAAGUUUUUUGUUUUCGGAGAUCAGUGGUUUCGGAGAUUAUGGGCCUUGAGAUUACGGUACUCUGAGAUAACGGGUCCGGAGAUUUGCAGACUUGAGAUAAAAUCGUACCAUCCACACCACCAAAUCGACUAUUUUGGCUUUUCUUCCAUGUUCAAAACAUAACUAAAAAAAUUAUAAACCUAAAUAUACGUAAUCGGCGUCGCUCUACAAAACUCGAAUACCAGAAAUUGAAAAAAGGCAAAAAUGCGAAAUGUUUCCUUUUUUUGAAAGAAAUCAUGCGAGUGAGCGUCGGUGUGUUUGCUUCGAAAAACUCUGACGCCGGCAUUUAAAUGUUGCAGGAGCCGUUUUUGUCAUCGUCAUUCAAUUUUUCACUUCUUUCUGUUUUAUUUCUAAUUAAGAGCAUUUUUAUAUUAUUGUUUAUCUCAUUAAAAAUCGAAUGAUGAUGAUGCGAAAAAAAUUCCUUCUGACCUUCUCCAGUUGAACGCCACGCGCGCUCCUUUUUGGUCAUAAAUAUUUUCAUAGUGGACUGUUGUCCAGAAACUAAACGGAUUAUGAAUAUUACCAGGUUCCUCUAUCAAAAAGUUUGAUUUUUUUGAAUCAUUUUUGAAAUUGCGGUCCCUAGUUAAAGCCAGAGCUUCUGACAAGGCGACAAUCUCUGCAGAAUAUAUGAACAGUCUCUUCUUUUUUAUACGUUUUUUUGGUGCAGAGGGCGCCAGAAGAGAAAAAAAACAGUGCCGUACGCUUUUGACACACACAUCAAACAAUUUUUACAAAGUACAUCGUGUUUUCACCGUUCACAGAUUCUGCAGAGCCGUUGAGUAGAAAAGUUGAAAUGAAGUAAGUAAAAAAAAAGGGAGAGAAACGGAUAAUAAGCAUCGUUUAGUGGAAGAAAAUGAAAAUUUAAUCACAACAUUGAUUAACUGACGAGAUCUUUUAAUAAUAUGACCGCGGGACAAGGCGCAUGUGUCUCAUCAGCAGCUCUGGUUUUACCAUUGACUGAGUAACUAAACGAGGAAAAAAAAAACUAUGGAAUCUCACCUUUUUGUCAAUCCCUUGGCACUCCUUUUUCAUUGCAGAUCUCACUGCAAAAAGCGGAAAAGGAACAAGAGACGCCAGACGCCGACAAAGACAAAAAGAAAAUCCACGAGAAGAAGGAAAAAGACGCGUCCAAGUCUUCCAAGAAAAAAUGA